AUGACAGGGAGACGCUUAGUUCUCACGUACGCGGAGCGGAGCCAGACUCUGGUUCUCGGAAGUCUCUCUUUACAAAUAAUCCUUGCCGUCUUUGGAAGACACCGGCAGCGUUGCAAGUCCAAAAUACUCUAUUUCAUCCUUUGGUCAGCCUACUUAUGUGCCGACUCAGUUGCUAUAACAGCCCUUAGCCUUAUUGCUGCCAACAACAUGGAACCAUAUGAUUUUAAUCCUUCAUCCCAGCAACCCAAUUUUGUUGCAUUUUGGUCUCCUUUUCUUCUACUCCAUCUUGGUGGCCCAGAUGCCAUGACAGCACUAAGCUUAGAAGAUAACAACUUAUGGUGGAGACAUUUUCUUGGACUCAUUAUCCACACCAGCACCACUUCCUUUAUAUUGAUUAGAUCCUUCUCUCAUCCCCAUUCAUCUCAUCCUCUCCUCUUAUCUCUAUCCAUUCCCAUAUUUCUUGUUGGAUUUGUGAAAUAUGUAGAGAGAAUCCUUUCUCUCAUGUCUGCAAGUUUUCCACAAAGAAGAUAUUCUGAUUUCAUGUUUCCUAACAUCGAAGAUUACCAAUCUUAUGUUUCCCAGUGGCCAAACAGUGUCUCAGUACAAGAACAACAGUAUCAAAGAGUAAUUUCUGAUUCCCAUUACUUAUUUCAAAUUUUCAAAAGAAUCUUUGUUAAUCUUUCCAUUUCCCAACCCACCCAUAACUUCAGCAAAAAUUUAUUUAGACACAAAGAUUGGAAAGAAAUUUUCAAAGUGAUUGAGAUAGAACUCCAAAUCAUGUUUGAUGUUCUAUACACCAAGGCCUUAACUCGUCGUCAUAAAUGGAGAUUCACUCUUAAAAUUUUCAGCUCUGUUUUGAUUUUGACUGUUUUAAUCUUCUUCAUAUUUAACAUCAAAGAUGGUGAUGGUGGUGUUGAUCAAGAUCCGGACCCAAUGGUCCGAAUUGACAUAAUAAUCACUUACAUUCUAUUAAGUGGUGCCCUAAUUCUCGAAAUCUACCAAGGAAUUCUUCUACUUCGAAACGAUUGGACCUUGAUCUUGCUAAUGAAAAAGAAGUAUAACAAGCUACAUAGUCUUGCUCAGAAGGUAAUCCCAUUUCCAUCAUCUCGGCUUGACCUUUUGUAUGAGGUACCAAGGUGGUCCAAUUCCAUGGGCCAAUCCAAUCUGUUAAGUAUUUGCCUUCAAAGCAUAGAUGUCAAGACAGAGAAGCUCUCAUUCAUUAAAAUGAAGAGGUUUCUUUGGAUUAGAGAUAAGUUGGAGAAGUUCUGGAGAAUAGAUGUCACUUAUAAGAGAAUUGAUAAUGAAUUGAAAGAAGUAAUCUUGAAGCAUCUCUGGGAAAGAGUUAGAAUUUGGGAAGCAGAGGUAAGGGUACAGAGGUUCAAAAAUCUUGUCUAUUUGGGCAUUUCCAGAGAAGAUCAUUUCAGAAGCUUUCUUAAUCGUUGGGGAGAAUGGGUUCUUGAAAAGCACAAAUUCCAGAAGUUUGGUUGGACCACUAGGCUUGAAAUUGAUCACAGUAUUCUUGUAUGGCACAUUGCUACAGAUAUUUGUUAUUACAUCCAUUCUGAAUCUUCCAAUUCUACCUUCAACCAAUUCGCGAUUAAUUAUAGCUUAAGCAAGAGUUUAUCUGAUCAUCUUUUCUAUCUUCUCAUCAAGCAUUCAACAAUUGUUACCAAAAAAUUGAUCCCAGACAAGAGGUUUAAAGAGGUUUGUGAAGCUCUAAGGGAGGUUCUUAUAGAUGAUUCCGUAGAGAUCAAUAAUGAAUCUGAAGCUUGUGCUAAGUUGUAUAAAGAUGGUAUUUCUGGGAAAAAGAUUGAUUGGGUUGAGUUAAAGGAGGAGUCACCAUUGAAAUCGAUUCAGGCGGCACGAGAGCUGGCGAAAUGUUUGAUGAGUGAGAAUCCUGAAAAAAGAUGGAAGAUCAUAAUAGGUAUGUGGUUGGAAAUGUUGGUAUAUGUUGCAAACCAAUGUCCAGGAGAUGUUCAUGCUGGAAGACUCACACAUGGUGGAGAGCUGAUUACUCAUGUUUGGCUCUUGAUGACACAUCUUGGUAUUUCAACUCCUUGUGAGACUGCAGCCAUCAAUGGAAUUGGAGAUUUUGGAUUGUGGUCAUCAUCAUUAUUCUGUUGA